AUGAAAGUAUAUUCUAUUUUCAGAUCUGGGCAUUUUUUAGUUCUGCUUUGUCUUUUCACUGUGGAAAGCAAAAAGUCACCAACAGUGAAGCAUACCUGCCGAAAAGGACUCCUCUCCCAAGUGACAGAGAACCUGUAUAUCAAGGCAACUAGUUUAAAAUCAUCUGCUCCUAAGGAUCUGAUCAAGAACACGAGACUGCUUAAAAAGACAACAAAAAUGCUGUUUAUGACAAACUGCAGUGUUCGAAAUCAGCUCCUCUCCUUCUAUGUGAAAAAUGUUUUCAAUCAUCUUGGAGUAGGAAGUGACAAGUUGUACAUUAUUAGUGCCUUCCAAGUCUUGCAAGUGAACAUGAAUGCCUGUCUUCCAUGUGCUCCAUCCGCAAGGUUAACUUCUGCAGUCAAAAACUUAAGGAAAGCAUUUCUUAAGCUUGGAGAGAAGGGAAUCUACAAGGCCAUCCAUGAGCUGGAUAUUCUCCUUCCCUGGAUUCAGGAAUACAUACAAACCAUCAUAUGAAGAAUGAGGAAGUGACAGAGAACAUGCUGCUUCUGUGCUAAGGACAGAUCCUUACCCAAAAUGCCUGAAAAUCAACCAAGAGCUGGAGGUACAACAGGCCUACCAGUGACUGCAUCCCACUGAAAGAGAUCCUCUGUAACACGGUGGUGUAAAGAACAAUUUUCAAGAGCUUUCAUGGCUCGUCUGGCAUAUGAGCUGAACCUGUCCUGCAGUAGAAGAGCAUCCUCUGGAGCAGUUACAGCAUGCUGAUGUACUUCUUGUCCUGCCUGCCUCCCACCUGCUUUACAGGCAGCCCCUGGACACAUUGCAUGAGCAUAACUUGAAAUCUGCUAGAUUCCAUGCGCAGACACAAUGUCCCACGUGCAGUGGACACGAUCUAGCCAUGCCUUGUGCUACCCUGUGUGGCACAUUUUAAAGCAAUGAGGACCACUUCUGAAAAUCCCUCCCCUAAGAUAUAUGUCCAAUUUUUUUGCUAUAGCUAUAAAACAGUUUAGCUAUAUAACAUUUUUUGUUA